AUUGAGACGUUUAGUCCAAAGUGGCUUCAUGUGUAUGAAAUGCAGAGUUAAAUUCAAGACAAUACGCACCAAGACCCUUCUGAUAUCAUCACCAUGGAGACAUGUUUUCGCAGACUUUGGAUGACAGUUGUUCUGGCAUCGAUUAUGCGGAGAUCAGUCGCGGUAGGGCCGGUUAUCCGGUGCGAACCAUGUGAUGCUGGAGCCCGGCUCCUGUGCAAGCCGUUGCCCAAGGACUGCGCGGAGAGAGUUCGCGAACCGGGCUGCGGGUGCUGCAUGACUUGCGCGCUGGCCUUUGGAAAGCCGUGCGGAGUGUACACCGGGAGAUGUGGCACCGGGAUGACAUGCCAGCACCAGCCCGGCGAGACGAAACCUCUCCAAGCUCUGCUGGAAGGACGAGGACAGUGUGCAAACGCGACCAUUAAAAGACCUGUUGCCACUUUAAUCAAUGAGAGACAAGAAAAUUAUGGUGGUAUUCAGGAGGAGGAGCGUAACACCACCGCCCCAGUGCUCCAAGCCUCCUUCAGCACCAGCAGACCUCCUGUAGGCUCCCCCAGAAUCCCCCAUCACCCCCCUCUCCUCCACCCCAUCAAGGCAGAGGUCAUCCGCAGGGAGCAGCUGAAGAGGGCACAGAGUUACAAGAUGGAGGAAGUCCCUGGAGCUCUCAGCACAGACCAACAGAACUUCUCCCUGGAAUCCAAGCAGGACCCAGAGUAUGGUCCCUGUCGUCGGGAGAUGGAGAGUAUCCUCAAUGGACUGAAGAUCACAGACAUCCUCAACCCCAGAGGCUUCCGCAUCCCAAACUGUGACAAGAAGGGCUUCUACAAGAAAAAACAGUGCCGUCCCUCCAAGGGCAGAAAGCGAGGGUUUUGCUGGUGUGUCGAUAAGUAUGGGCAGCCAUUGCCAGGUUUCAACGGGAAGGAGAGAGGAGACGCUCAGUGCUACAACUCAGAGAGCCAAUAAGACAAGAGCAGCGAGAAAGAGCCAGAGAGAGAGAGAGAGAGAGAGAGAGAGAGAGAGGGGGUGAGAGAAAGAAAAAGGACCCAUGAAUACACAGAGAAACUGAGGAUAUCGGGAUUCAAAAGAUUCCAAAAUGGCUGGACCUGGACAUUUGUUGACUAGCAUUGAUGACUCUUUGGCCCAUGGGACCUUAUGGAGGGCAGAGCAGGGGGAGUGGCUUGAGAAGAAGACAGGACUCAUCCAAUCACACUCCUUGUGUCCAGCAAACUCCCUCCUAUGCUAUGUGCUGCUCCUAUGUACUGUAAACAGUGUGUGGAUGGAUUCUCCAUAGACUGAAAGGGCAGACCAGACUUGGUAUAUGUAACUCUAAGGACACAUGAGAUGUAAUCAUUCAUUCCAUAGCACAGGGCUAGCUUUGAUGAUUACAGACUUGACGACAGAGGAUCAUAUACAGUGCUCGUCUCGACCCUCAACUAGAGGCGUACACCAACGCACAGCUAGGUGGCACUAUACUCAUGUGUGUGCGUGUUUGUAUGGCUGCAUGGUAUGAUUAUAUUUGUAUGUGUGUGGUUCUGUAUAUUUGAUAUGUUACUGUAUGUAUUUGUUUAAGUGUGUGUGUUUGUAUGUGUCUGUGUGUACAAUACAAGAGUGUCUCUGUCUAUCCGUGUAACCGUAUGCUAUGGGGUGCUGGUGUGCGACCACCCUGUGGCACAGUUCAAUGUCAUAAAAUGCUUUCCCACUUUGUGCCGGAGGGUACAUAACUCAGAUUUUAGUCCAUUCAGUAUCUCUCUUGUGGGAUCACUGUCGUCUCCUCAGGACCCUUUAAGGGAGUUGACUAUAAAGCUUGGAUGUUGUUCUCAUCUUUCCUUUGCAACUCAUAUACACUGUGUACCAAACUUUAGGAAUAGCUGCUCGUUCCAUGGUGUGGACUGACCAGGUGAAUCCAGGUGAAAGCUAUGAUCCCUUAUUGAUGUUACUUGUUAAAUCCACUUCCAUCAGUGUAGAUGAAGGGGAGGAGAUGGGUUAAAGAAGGAUUUUUUAGUCUGGAGACAAUUGAGACAAAAUAAAAUAAAAUAAAAUUGUAUUAGUCACAUGCGCCGAAUACAGCAGUGAAAUGCUUACUUACAAGCCCUAACCAACAAUACAGUUUAAAAUAAAUAAAAGUAACAAGUAAUAAAAGAGCAGCAGUAAAAUAGCGAUAGUGACACUAUAUACAGUGGGGUACCGGUACAGUAUCUAUGUGCGGGGGGGACUGGUUUAGGUGAGGCAAUAUGUACAUGUACGUAGAGUUAUUAAAGUGACUAUGCAUAGAUUAUAACAACAGAGAGUAGCAGCAGUAUAAAAGGGGGGGCAAUGCAAAUAGUCUGGGUGUCCAUUUUAUUAGAUAUUCAGGAGUCUCAUGGCUAGGGGGUAGAACCUGUUUAGAAGCCUCUUUGACCACUUUUAGGACCUUCCUCUGACACCGCCUGGUAUAGAGGUCCUGAAUGGCAGGAAGCUUGGCCCCAGUGAUGUGCAGGGCCAUACGCACUACCCUCUGUAGAGCCUUGCGGUUGGAGGCCGAGCAGUUGCCAUACCAGGCAGUGAUUCAACCAGUCAGGAUGCUCUCGAUGGUGCAGCUGUAGAACCUUUUGAGGAUCUGAGUACCCAUGCCGAAUCUUUUCAGUCUCCUGAGGGGGAAUAGGUUUUGUCGUGCCCUCUUCACGUCUGUUUUGGGUUGCUUGGACCAUGUUACUUUAUUGGUGAUGUGGACACCAAGGAACUUGAAGCUCUGAACCUGCUCCACUACAGCCCAGUCCAUGAGAAUGGGGGCGUGUUUGGCCCGCCUUUCCUGUAGUCCACGAUCAGCUCCUUUGUCUUGGCUACGUUGAGGGAUAGGUUGUUAUUCUGGCACCACACGGUCAGGUCUCUGACCUCUCCCUAUAGGCUGUCUCGUCAUUGUCUGUGAUCAGGCCUACCACUGUUGUGUCAUCUGCAAACUUAAUGAUGGUGUUGGAGUCAUGCCUGGCCAUGCAGUCAUGAGUGAACAGGGAGUACAGGAGGGGACUGAGCACGCAUUGAGGAUAAGCAUGGCGGAUGUGUAGUUGCCUACCCUUAUCACCUGGGCGGCCCGUCAGGAAGACCAGGAUCCAGUUGCAGAGGGAGGUGUUUAGUCCCAGGGUCCUUAGCUUAUUGAUGAGCUUUGGGGGCACUAUGGUGUUGAACGCUGAGCUGUAGUCAAUGAAUAGCAUUCUCACAUAGGUGUUCCUUUUGUCCAGGUGGGCAAGGGUAUUGUGGAGUCCAAUAGAGAUCAUCUGUGAAUCUGUUAGGGCAGUUUGCAAAUUGGAGUGGGUCUAGGGUUUCUAGAUAAUGGUGUUGAUUUGAGCCAUGACCAGCCUUUCAAAGCACUUCAUGGCUACAGAUGUGAGUGCUACGGGUUGGCAAUCAUUUAGGCAGGUUACCUUAGUUUUCUUGGGCACAAGGACUAUGGUGGUCUGCUUAAAACAUGUUGUUAUUACAGACUCAGACAGGGAGAGGUUGAAAAUGUCAGUGAAGACACUUGCCUUAUGAAUGUUGACCUGUUUAAAGGUCUUACUCACAUUUGCUGCGGAGAGCGUGCUCACACAGUCUUCCGGAACAGCUGGUAUUCUCAUGCAUGUUUAGUGUUAUUUGCCUCGAAGUGAGCAUAGAAGUAGUUUAGCUCGUCUGGUAGGCUGUGUCACUGGGCAGCUCUCGGCUGUGCCUCCCUUUGUAGUCUGUAAUGGUUUGCAAGCCCUGCCACAUCCGACAAGUGUCAGAGCCGGUGUAGUACGAUUCGAUCUUAGUCCUGUAUUGACGCUUUGCCUGUUUGAUGGUUCGUCGGAGGGGAUAGCGGGAUUUCUUAAAAGCUUCCAGGUUAGAGUCCCGCUCCUUGAAAAUGGCAGCUUUAGUCUUUAGCUCAGUGUGGAUGUUGCCUGUAAUCCAAGACUUCUGGUUGUGGUAUGUACGGUCAGUCACUGUGGGGACGACGGUCACUGUGGGGACGAUGUCAUCGAUGCACUUAUUGAUGAAGCCAAUGAUUGAUGUGGUGUACUCCUCAAUGACAUCGGAGGAAUCCCAGAACAUAUUCCAGUCUGUACUAGAAAAACAGUCAUGUAGCUUAGCAUCUGCUUCAUCUGAUCACUUUUUUAUAGAUCGAGUCACUGGUGCUUCCUGCUUGAAUUUUUGCUUGUAAACAGGAAUCAGGAGUAUAGAAUUAUGUUCAGAUUUGCCAAAUGGAGGGUGAUGGAGAGCUUUGUAUGUGUCUCUGUGUGUGGAGUAAAGGUGGUCCAGAGUAUGUUUCCCUCUGGUUGCACAUUUAACAUGCUGAUAGAAAUUUGGUAAGACGGAUUUAGGUUUCCCUGCAUUAAAUUUCGGGUUUGCUUAUGGCGAAAUACAUCUCAUGUGGUGCGGUCUUAGUGCCAGCAUCAGUCUGUGGUGGUAUGUGGACAGCAACGAAAAAUACAGAUGAAAACUCUCUAGGUAGAUAAUGGGGUCUACAGCUUAUCAUGAGAUACUUUACCACAGGCGAGCAAAACCUCGAGACUUCCUUAGAUAUCGUGCAGCAGCUGUUAUUUACAAAAAUUCAUAGUCCGCCGCCCCUUGUCUUACCAGAUGCCGCUGUUCUAUCCGCAUAGGUCGCCAAUUUUAUUUUCUAAAGAUUGCACAUUUGCUAGCAGAAUGGAAGGAAGUGGGGGUUUAUUCGAUCACCCACGAAUUCUCAGAAGGCAGCCUGCCCUCUGGCCCCUUUUUCUCCACCUUCUCUUCACGCAAAUGACGGGGAUCUGGGCCUGUUCUCGGGAAAGCAGUAUAUCAUUCACAUCGGGCUUGUCGGACUCGUUUAAUGGAAAAAAAGAUUCUGCCAGUCCGUUGGAGUAAUCGCAGUUUUGAUGCCCAGAAGAGAUUUUCGGUCAUAAGAGACGGUAGCAGCAACAUUAUGUACAAAAUGAGUAAAAAAAUUAGUUACAAACAAUGCAAAGAAAAUAACAAAAACACAAUUGGUUAGGAAUACGUAAAACGUCAGCCUUGUUGUCCGGCACCAUCUUGUCAAUGCCAACCCUCUUGCCACAUGGGUUGUGUAAGUGUUCAUUCAGAGGAUGAAUGGGCAAGACAAAAUAUUUAAGUGCCUUUGAACGGGGUAUGGUAGUAGGUGCCAGGCGCACCGUUUUGAAUGGGAGUUUCAUGCUCAACAGUUUCCUUGUGUAUCAAGAAUUGUCUACCAGCCAAAGGACAUCCAGCUGACUUAUCACAGCUGUGGGAAGCAUUGGAGACAACAGGGGCCAGCAUCCCUGUGGAACACUUUCGACACCUUGUCGAGUCCAUGCCCUGACGAAUUGAGGUUGUUCUGAGGACAAAAGGUGGUGCAACUAAAUAUUAGGAAGGUAUUCCUAAUGUUUAGUACACUAUCUAAGUACAUUCCCUACACAUCUACCAGUGGAACAUAUUUUUGUUGGAUUUCAAUGUACAGAGAGAGGGGAGGGACAUUCCCCACAGUCAAUGGUGUGGUCGUUCUUCCUCCUCUUUGUCAGUUUGCAUAAGCUGGUUACUGGGAUAAAGUCUUUCACGACUGUGUGCGUGUGUAUUUGUGUGCGUGUGUGUGCCCACAUGUUUUUGAGCCUGUUCUUCUGUUUUUAAGAAACACAUUUUCACCAUUUAGUUGUGUCUAGGUUCAAGGCCAAUAUGCUGUAUACAAAUAAAUGCAUUAAAGCUGACGCCAGCUUCUAUUGCUAUGUGAUUUAUAUUUGUGUGUUGUCUGAAUUUCUAAAUGUCCAUGAUUGUUAUUAAUGAAGCUGAGAUUCUGAAUAGUUUUUUUUUACAAAUUAACUUGAUGAUAACCCUCAAUUUUGCCACUAGAGAUUCUGUUGAGGAUGAAUCUUUGUUAGAGGAAGUUGGAGAUAUUAGCAUGUUGCUAGCUCUGGAAGGGUUUUUGGUUCAAACAAGGGAUAUGUCCAAAAUGUUACCCUAUUCAGUAUGCAGUGUUCCACUAUUGACCAGGUCUAUAGUAGCACACUAUAGAUAAUAUGGUACUAUUCUAGACUCAGGAUCUUGAACACUAUCUUGUAAGUUUUUUAUAAUAAUUUGUUGAGAAAGAACUGUUCUCCUUGCCUUGGGGUUAAAGCCAGGGGAUAUAUAAGGACCUCUGGUAUAUGGCAGAGUGAUUUUGUACAUUUCCUCACUUCAAAUAAAUACUUAAUUUUAUGAAGUUA